AUGCUUGACGGAGCUCUUUAUAUUGUCGUUUUGCGCAACGCGGUCACUGUCAACGGUACACCAAUCAACUCUUGGCGUCUCGUCCUCGCUGGCACACCUGACAUCUGCCUGUACCUCGACUUCGACCGCACGACCGGGACAAUGCGCCCUGCACUGCGUCGCUAUCCCUCCCCCGAGGACGGACGACCUGUGCCUGGAAGACACAUCGGAGGAGAUGCCAGGACACUCGUGACAGUUCUACUUCCUACCCAAGGAGCAGUCCAAGUGUCCGACCUCGAGGCUGUACGCAACCGCACGAACGACAUGCGGUUCGGAAGACACCCUGCCGAGGCGCCCAAGUUCAUUGCUACCAUUCUCAAGAUGUGGAGCAAUUCCGCUGAUCCGGUGCUGGAUGACAAGAACGAUGUCAACUUCAACAUGCUCGGUGCGGCCCUCAGCAACAAGGUGGCGGAAGCAGAGCGUUCUAUCGCUGCAGGAAUGUGGAGGGGGCCUUCUCACUUCAUCUACAUCCCCGAUGGGAGCGAAGUCCUCUACUCACAGAUGCAUUAG